AUGGAUUCAUAUGAUUAUGAAUUCUAUGAACGAUUGAAAAAUUUGAUUACGGUAGUACGAGAAAGUGAACAACAAAGACUGCAGCUUGAAUGGCGACUCAAUGAAUGGAAACAACCAGACAUGAAAAAUGCCAAAGAAAAAGCUACCAGACUUCAAAGACAACUGAGAUUAAUGAAAGAAGAAGAUAAAAUUAGUAAAGAGAGAAAUGAAGAUAUUAAAAGACACCUUAAUAAAUUGGAUGCCCAUCUUAAAGUGAUUACCAUGACUGAUGAAAAUCUUCACUUUCUAAAGAGAAAGUGUAAAAACCAUCUUGUACAAGAACAUCCAAACUGGAAGCAGUACAUGGCCGUCCUCCAAUCUCAACUGAAAGAGGCUUUGCAGAAAGUGAAUGGGAUUUCAGAAAUUAUGGUGCAAGUUCCAUUUGAACACAGACAAGAAAUGCAACAAGAUAGGCCAGAAGAAGAAAUUUACAACAUUGAGCCAUCAACAUUCUAUCAACAGUUUCAAGUCCCACAACAGAUAGUCAUUGAAGGUGGAACAAAGAUGUAUGUUCCAGAAUCAUUUGCCAAUGAAGAACUCAAAGAAGACCCAAAAGAAACUAAAACAGACCCAAAACAAGAAUCUCAUAAUUUGCUUGGGACAAAUGCAAAGAAGGCUGUUGAAGUUGUUGACUUGAAUAAUCCCCAGUUCCAUCAAGACAAGAUAUCAAAAAAACUUGAGGAAUUUGAGGGGGAAAUCCAAAAAGAAAAGCCACCAUGUGAAAAAUCCCAACUUUCUCCUGAAGCAGAGUAUCAUCACCUUGUUGGAAAUGUAACUGCAACUAUGGAGGAUUAUGUUGGCCAUGAAACACCAAGAAAACAAACUUCCUUUGAAAACUUGUUACCUGCUCGUUCCUCACUUUCACCUGAAUCACAAAAUCGGCGAAUUGUGAAGCCAGUUUUUUCUGACAUUGAACUUACUGGAGACUUUGAGUCACAAAUUAUCUAUGGAAAAACACCACCAAGCAAGUCAUCUAAGCCAGUGGAUCCAGAAGGGAAAUCAAUUAAUGACUUUCAACUGCUGGAUGCCUCAAGUGAAUUAAAAAAGCGAUCCAUUGAAGCAGCAACAGCAGCAGCAGAAGACACAGACUUUGGUAUUUUGAGUCUACCAGAAAAUCACUUACCUGCUUCUGCUGCAGCAAGAGCAUCUGCUUCUGAAUCAGGACAACGAAAGACAGGAGAUGUGACAACUGCUGAUGGAUUUGAUACAGGUGUAUCAAACAGUAUUCCAGGAAUCCAUUUAUCUCAUAGUUUAUCAAAUCCUGAAGAAAGAUCCUACAUCAGUGAUUUAGAGACGGAGAACAGUCAUCCUAUAGGAGUUAAAGACAUGCAAAUUAUUUCCCAUCCUUCUGAUCUUGGAAUGUUUUCUGUAAACCACAGGCAGUCUAAAAAGAAUCUACGGAGAUCAUCAAGUCCAGUAACUCCUGCUUUGUCAGUUAAAGGUUUGUUGCUGCUGAUGAAAAUGGUUGAAGAUAGUUUCCAAACUGUUUCCUGCUCUAAAGAUGAAUAUUAUCGUUCAUUUCAACCUUCAGAUGAAGAAAGAGGACGCAUAAUUAGUGAAGCAAAUAAUGAAGGUGCUUCAACAAUAGAUGCAGAUCCUGCCUUGGUCAGUAUGAUCAUCUUAGAACAAAUGACUGUCAUUAUUCGUAGUUUGUCUACAGGUUGUUUGCUCUCGGACACAUUACUCCAAUCAGAAAAUCUUAUGAAUCUCUGUGAAAGUGAUAUAAAAUCUCAGUUGCCAUUUAAUUCUGUCAUUCUCUGGGAAAGUCUUUUUGUCCAUUUCACCUCAAUUCUCAAGCACAAAGUAAUGAGUCCAAAAGAAGUAGCUGCUGUAUUUGUACCUUGUUUACUACAGAGUGGUUCUACAUGUCAAGAAAAAGCUUUUAAGUUGCUGGUGCAGUAUUUGGAGCAUGUGAACAGAAAUUUGAUGUCAAGUGCUAUGGGUAUUGAUGAAUUAUCAGACAACUCAACAGACAUAUCUUAUAAUGCAGUACCUCAAAGACAUGAAGAACAAACAAUGAAAGAUAAACAAGAAUGGGUAACUUCUAUCGAAAGAGCAUUUAGUGAUGGUAUGGAUGAUGACAACAGAAAUUUGGAUGAAGAAUUGGGCAAAGAAAAAUCUAGUGAGUUAAAUAUUAGCCAUACACUGGCUUACAAGAACAUGCUUUAUGGCUUUAAAAGUUCAAUAUCAGUAGAAGAAGACAUAGAAAAUUCUGACUCAGAAACAGAUGAGUUGGAAAAAGAAUUUGGGACUAGCAUACCUGAUGCUCGACAAAGGUGA